AUGAAAAGCGUACAAUCGUUGGUUAUUCUUAUUAUUUACUCAUUUUUCGUAACCUCUUCAGAGGGAAAUACUUUUGACCAAAGUUUAUUAUCUUCCAAAACAUUCACCACCCUGGAUAUCAGGGACACAAACAGAAAGUCUGGGUGCAAAGUAGUAGAGGGACUACUUGAUCAAAUACCUGCUCGUUUAUUCCUUCCGAUUUCUAGGCUUAUAAACCACGUGGUUGAUAAGAACCAAGUAAUUUGGAUAUCGAAUGAAAAUAAUGAAAUGGCGGUAGGUGUAACAGUUUAUCUAAGCGAUGGAACGCCAAACAUCGUACAAAUUGCCGUAUUAAAGGGAACAAGUCUUGAAAAUCUCUUUUUCAAGCAAAAGGGAGGGAAAUGGGUCAAAUCUCUGAAACGCUAUGCUGACAAACUGAAUGGAUUAGAACUAGAUAUCACAUUUAAAUCAGCAUUUGUCCUCGAUAUCAGACACAGGGAUCCAAAUUAUCUCUACAGGGCUCUUAACCUCACAGUGUAUGGUGAGAAAGGCGUCGUAUUCAUCCCAAAUCCGGGCUAUCGUGUAACGGAACUUAAGGACAAUGGAGUUCCCAUAUGGAACACAAGUGGAAGUUACAGGGCCGUUUAUAUCCUAGCAUUGAGUGGAGAACGACCAGAUAGCUCUAUAACGAGUCAAGAGGCACUGGGAAAGAAUAAUUACUGCCGACUGAGACACCUCUACAUUGUCACACGAAAUAACGCCGGCCAGAUGGAACACAUUGCAUUGUCUAAAAGAGGAGGAAUCUGGUUCCAAUCCACCUUUCCAGAGAUACUUCAAACCGCAAUUAACCGCAAAAACAGGUACUCUGAGCAUUUCAAAAGCGUCGACGAAGAGGAGAUUCCAGUCACGGUUACACCUAACAGGAAGGAUUACACCGACGUAGAUGAAAGUCAGAAAACAAACCUCAGAUCCUUCAGAAAGAGGGGCACUAGAGUGGGAGUAGUACUUGAUCUGGCUGAUGAUUAUAAUCCUGGAAUCAAAAGACUUGAAAAUUCGUCCUACGAGAUGAGUUACGUCAUGUAUGUUCCAACGGGAAAAAAGUACAUUAUAGAAGUUAUGGACGGAGAAAAGGUCCUCUGGAAGGCAAAACAGAGGGAAAGAUGCAGGAGAGUCCAUGUAUUUUUAAAUCCUGACAUGCACAUGGUCGGACUUGAUGUUGAAAAUAAUGGUGAAAUCGAGAAUGUCUACUUCUCCAAAGUCAAUGGUGUGUGGGAAGAAUGA